AUGUCGCCCCCGAGCAGCGACGUCGAGCGCUACACCUUGCAGCUCAAGUCUCGUCUAGGCCAGAUCCUGCGGUCUAAAAGACACCUUCGCAUCGUGGGCCUGGCACUCCUGGCACUCCUGGUGGUCACCUAUACUCUUUGCAACCCAAGGUCGAGCUUCAUCAUCGUAUACCCCGCGGCUUUAAUCCCUUCAAAUAGUGCAGAUCCCGCGGCAGUUCUUUCGCAUGAUGGCCGUGUAGACUGGUCACGGUUUGCGUACACCCAGUAUGUCACGAAUAGGGAAUACCUCUGCAACUCCGUCAUGCUGUUCGAGAUCUUGCAUCGGCUGGGAAGCAGAGCCGACCGUCUGAUAAUGUAUCCCGACUGGAUGUCCCCGGAUCCCGCCUCGUCGAGUGUAGAGAGCCAGCUGCUGCUCAAGGCCCAGAAGGAGUACAAGGUCAAGCUGGUACCAAUCCAGGUCCAGCACCGACCACAGGAUCAGGACAAAACCUGGGAGGACAGCUACACCAAGCUUCUGGCAUUCAACCAGACCCAAUACAGCAGGGUCCUCUCCCUGGACUCCGACUCGACGGUCCUCCAGACCAUGGACGAGCUCUUCCUUCUGCCGCCCGCUCCCGUCGCUGUACCGCGCGCAUACUGGCUUGACAAGCCAUACCUGAGCUCCCAGAUAGCGCUGAUCGAGCCCUCCGCAGCCGAGUUCAAACGGGUCAAAGAUGCCAUCGACGCGGCGGCUCCCGGCGACUUCGACAUGGAGAUCAUCAAUAAUCUGUACGGCAAGGACUGCAUCGUCAUCCCCCAUCGUCGCUACGGUCUCAUCACCAGGGAGUUCCGCUCCGAGCGCCCCCAUAGCGAUUACCUGGGUAGUGAUCAUGAAGAGUGGGAUCCCGAGAAGGCAUUCAAGGAGGCGAAGUUCCUGCAUUUCUCUGACUGGCCGGCCCCAAAGCCGUGGCUUCCCAUGUCCGAGAGCGCGCGGAACGCCAAUCAGCCAAAAUGCGUGGAACUUUCUGGCGGAGCAGGAGAUUGUCGAGGGAGGGAUCUGUGGUUGGGGUUUUAUAGUGAUUUUCUGGGGCCGAAGGAGGAAGACAGAGGGAAGGGAAUUGGGUACUUAGCUACGCAGGGGAGCCAAGUUCUGCGGCAAGAUCUUCCAGGUGCCUGCCUAGCUUAUGAUCGGUCAACUAUGCUUAAUAUGGCCGUGCCCGCAUGGCCACUGGUAGUGGCUGAAGAUGGCUUGUAUACUCCCUUUACCAUGGCAUCUGCUGCGAGUUUGCCUGUAAAGGGCAUAGCUCUCGGAGCAGCGGUCGCGCUCACAGUCGGCGCGUGUAAGAUCGACAUCCGCAGGCUCCUCCAGACCACCUUCACCGGACCGGGAAGCAAGUCGCGGACCUUCGCAGCCCUCGUCAUCCUCGUGAACCUCAAGAACUUUCCCUGGGUGUGGCACUACCGCGUCUGGAACGCUAUACUGAAGCACCUGCUCUUCACGCUGCCCAGAAUCCCGCGGCAACUCGCCCCUUCCACUCUCUUCCUUCCUGUAAUCACCAGCUCGCGUGCGCCCUUCUCAGAAUGCGAUUACAACCUGCACAAGUCCAACUCGACUUACUUCUCCGACCUGGACGUCGCCCGCUCCCACCUCGUCUGCGCUCUGCUCCAGCCCGGCAUCAAAGCCCUCUCGGACAACAAGGCCAACAAGCUCGUGCUGGACCCCACAGGCAAGCCCGUGCUCGAAAGAUGGAGCAUCAUGCUCGGGGGCGUGAUGUGCAGCUUCAAGCGGGAGAUCGGCAUGUACCAGGGCUAUGAGAUGUGGAGUCGGCUGCUGUGCUGGGACCGGAAGUGGAUCUACAUCGUCACGCAUUUUGUCAAGAAGGGGACCGUUAAGCCGUCGGCCUACAUCCUGACGGACGGCGGCUGGUUCGGGAAGGGCUACAAGAAGGUCGCGGGAGCCGCCAAGGGACGAGACGUCGAUGAGAAGGCCAUCUUCGCCACUGCCAUCUCGAAAUACGUCAUCAAGCUGGGACGGCUGACUGUCCAUCCCGAGGUGACGCUGAACGCUGCUGGGAUGCUGCCGGAGAGACCGGGCGGGUGGGCUACCAUGGCUGGGCCGUCUGGAGGGUCGACGCCCGAGGCUCUGGAGGCUGAGAGUGAGCUAGGAGAGGAACCGGAAUCGGACGAGUGGGACUGGAAGAGGAUCGUAAAGGAGAACAAGCGAGGGCUAGUGCGCGCGGAGAACUUUGCGGCACUGGAUGGCCUGCAUCAGGAGUUUACAGGCAGCCAGAAACCGGCGUUAGGUAGAUAUCGAGAUUUCCUGACGACGUAG